UGUGUGUGUGUGUGCGCGCGCACGUCGCGUCUGCGUUGCGACUCUCUCCAUCCCUCUCUCUCUCCUCUCCCUCUGAACUGCUUCUCCGUUUCAGUUUUAAUAUCGACCUCCUUCAUCUCUCCAUCCUCCGUCUCCACCCUCCUCCUCCUCCUCCUCCUCCUCCACUGCCGCCGCCGCCUCAGCGCCGCUUCCUCUGCAGGUGGAUGGAGGCUGGAAGCCCCGGAGACACGAGCCAUGCACGGGAAGCACUGCUGUCAGACUGCUGAGCACCUCCCUUCGCGCCGGGUACCACAUCCUUAAAUGACCCGCGGCUGAGGAGGGGGUGUCUCCGGAUCUAGCGCCCGGAUCAUGGCAUGCUGCCCACACCGGGCAUCCAGCACUGACCAUGGGGCUCCGGUCCAGGACCGUCGCUAGCGGCUCGGAGGAGCACAAGAAGACCUCCGGCGCUCCUCCCGGGGACUUAUUGGACCAAGGCACCGGUGGAGCAGACAAGGAUGGCACCCAGCUGCUGGUGGCUGCGGGCCGGGAUGACUUCAAGCGGGGCUCUCAGGGCAUCGGCAUCGGGCUGCUGGCCAAGACCCCCCUGAACUACACCCGGCCGGCCAAGAGGAAUAACAUCCGCAAGAGGAGGAUCCAGAACCUGCUCUACGACGCGCUGGAAAGGCCGAGAGGAUGGGCGCUGCUCUACCACGCGUUUGUGUUUUUAAUUGUUCUGGGCUGUUUGAUUCUGGCCAUACUGACAACAUUCAGGGAACACGAGAAGGUGUCUGCACACUGGCUGGUUAUACUGGAAACCUUUGCCAUCUUCAUUUUCGGAGCAGAGUUUGCACUGAGGGUCUGGGCGGCAGGAUGCUGCUGUCGCUACAAAGGAUGGAGGGGGAGGCUGAAGUUCGCUCGCAAACCUCUGUGUAUUUUAGACAUCUUUGUGCUGAUUGCCUCGGUGCCGGUGGUGGCAGUGCGUAACCAGGGUAACGUGUUGGCCACGUCCCUGCGCAGCCUGCGCUUCCUGCAGAUCCUGCGGAUGCUGCGCAUGGACCGGAGAGGAGGAACCUGGAAACUGCUGGGGUCCGCCAUCUACGCACACAGUAAGGAGCUGAUCACAGCCUGGUACAUCGGCUUCCUGUCUCUGAUCCUGGCGUCUUUCCUGGUCUACCUGGUGGAGAAGGACGACGUCUCCAUGGACGUGUCCAACCAUGAGAACCCCACCGCUCAGCCCAAACCGCAGGACUUCGACACCUACGCCGACGCACUGUGGUGGGGGCUGAUCACACUGACCACCAUUGGUUACGGUGACAAAACCCCAAAGACCUGGGCUGGGAGACUGUUAGCCGGCACUUUUGCUCUGAUCGGAGUGUCCUUCUUCGCUUUGCCUGCAGGGAUCCUGGGUUCAGGCUUGGCUCUGAAGGUCCAGGAGCAGCACAGACAGAAGCACUUUGAGAAGCGCAGACAUCCAGCCGCCGGGCUCAUCCAGUCUGCCUGGCGAUAUUAUUCCACCAAUCCAAUCAGAGAAGACCUUAUUGCCACGUGGAGAUUUUAUGAAACUGUCAUCUCUCUUCCCUGUUUCAGAAAGGAUCACUUGGAGGCCAUGGCGAGCCAAAAACUGAGUUUACUCGAGCGUGUUCGCCUUCCCAAUGCACGGCCAUCAAUUGGGACGGUCAAGAAGCUCACAGGUAAUGCUGAUUCCAUCGAGGAAAGUCCCUCCAAGGAGCCCAAACCUGCCGGUUUCAGUAACCGGGAACGCUUCCGCACCGCCUUUCGCAUGAAGGCCUACACACUCCGCCAGAGCUCUGAAGAUGCCGGAGGCCUGGCAGACCCAGCCUUAGAGGAGCGGGGCUUCCCCCCAGACAUCCUCAUGGAGGAGAUGAUCCCCACACUGAAACUGGUCAUCAGGGCAAUCAGGAUCAUGCAGUUUCUCUUGAACAAGAAGCGGUUUAAGGAAACUCUGAGGCCUUACGACGUCAAAGACGUGAUUGAGCAGUACUCUGCUGGACACCUGGACAUGCUCUGUAGAAUUAAAUACCUCCAGACAAGGAUCGACAUGAUUCUUGCCCCUGGACCCCCCCUCACCCCCAAACAAAAGAAAACUCAGAAAACGCCCUUUGCCUACCCACCCAGUCAGUCACCCAGGCAUGAGUCCUACCUAGCCAAAGCUGCCUCCAUGCCAGAUGCCGAAGACCAAAGCAUGAUGGGCAGAUUUGUCAGGGUGGAGAGACAGGUGGAGGACAUGGAGAAGAAGUUGGACUUCCUGGUGGACAUGCACAUCCAGCACACUGAGCACCUGCAGGUGGACUCUGCCGGCGCUACCCACAUGACCCUGGAGACCUGCGACCCUACGGGGAAUGGUGAGAUCCGUCGGGUUUUCUUCAACUACGCUGAGGCGUUCCCGCACAUGUCGUACCAGAUGCCUGUCAGCAAAGUGAAUCCGUAUUAUGGCAGAGGAAGAGGAGGUGGGGAGGGGACAGUGUUGGCUGGUGGAACCCGUGUCCCUUCAGACCAUCAACCCCCACCAUCACACCUCCAUCAACGCCACCCUCCAUCUGCCAUCCCCACCUACACCGAGCGUCCUACAGUGUUGCCCAUCAGCUCCCUGCAGGACUUGUCAGCAGGGCUGGGCAGGACCACAGGGGGGCGGGGGGGAGACUCGCCGCUCUCCAUGCUAUCGGUGAACCACGAGGAGCUUGAGCGCUCACCCAGCGGGUUCAGCAUCUCUGGGGAGCGGGAGGGGGAGCAAGGGGAGGACUUGUCAAUGGGGGCCGGCGUGGCGACCGGGGACGCCAGCUGGACGAGACCCAGACCAAGCUACCUGGCGGAGGAGGAGACAGACACGGACACGGACCCCUUUACACCCAGCGGGGGGCCCCUGCCGCUCUCCUCCACGGGGGAGGGGUUUGGCGAUGCUGUGUGGAACACGCCGCCUUGAGAGGUGUUCGUGUGACCACACAGAAAUCCACAACUCUGAGUUAAGACCUUAAAUCCAACCCAUGCCUCUAAACCCAAAUCAGUUUGGGUCAAAGCCACACCUCUGGACCAAACCAUUCGGAGGAAAGGUGGGUCUAAUCCGCCUUGAUGCUGCGAGGUCGUGAGCGAGGUCAUCGACCUUCAGAGGCCACCGCUGAUCUCAUCAACUGACCGCCGUCCAGACAGAGAGCCAUGGCAUCGAGACUGCCCAAAAAAAGGGAAACCAGACAGUUUGUAAAGUAAAACUCUGUACAGCGCACUCUUCGCAAAAAGUUAGCUAAAAUAAAAAAGAACAUUAAUAUACAUACUAUAUACACCCAAAAGCUUUAUCGCUGCAAAGCCAACCGCACUGCAUGUAACGCAUGCGAUUUUUAGUGUAGACACUGCAAAGUUCAGGAUAUCAGGAAACGGAAAAGGCGAUUGAAUGGUUACAUAUACUUGCUAUGCCAUUUUGUAACACUUAUUUUUUAUAUGAAUACAUUUUCAUUGUUUUUUGCAUGGUUUGCAUGAUAAUGCACCGUUCUAGGGGUGACGGUUGGAGGGUGAUACUGGAACCAAAAGUCUCCUGUCUCUUUGUUUUGUUUGUCAUUUGGUGAGUGUGUUGUGUUUCUGAGUGAGUGAGUGAGUGAGUGGGUGUGUGUGUGUGUGUGUGUGUGUGUGUGUGUGUGUGUGUCUGUGUCUGAGAGAUUGUGAAUGAGAGAAAGAGGGACUUGGGUAACAAAACACUGGUUAGUUGCUGGCAGUCAUGUUUCACCAUAUCUGCUUUUCUCACGUUAUGCUGUAAAUUCUUUGAGGAUCAGUUCUGUCCAGAAACGAGAAUUUCUGAUCCCGUCACUUUGCUUUCACACCACUGUGCUCUUGAGUUGUAUGUCACCACUUUAUACAUACAAACUUUCCAGUUGAAAAUAUUAAAAAUUUCGACAGAAUUUGAAACACUAAAUCUCUGCUGCUUUGUUGGCACAUGAAUUCAGGGAUAUAAACCACCUGUAUGUCUUUAAUUUACAAAGCUUGCUGAGCAUCUUGACUGCUGACAGUUCAGUUUAUCACUGCUCGAAAAGGAUAUGACCUGAUGAUCAAAUUAUUUAUAUUAUCAAAGCAAAAUAGUGGCUAAGACUCCUAAACCUAACACUAACUAGAUACCUACAUAAAAGAAAUCAUUUUAGUAUCGCAAAUUAUUUUACUUUCACACACAUUACUGUGUGCCAACUCCACCAUCUGGCACCUGAAUAAUAUCAUACAACCGCAAAAGAUUCUGCAUUUGAAAAUAUAGUUCAAACGUGGCCAAAACAGCUGGUAUUGUUGUGGUUAACCACUAUUACUGCAGAUAAAGAGUUAAAGUCAUGAAUACAAAACCACAGUCUCAUCAAAAGUUAAUUGUGUUAAGAGGUUCUUACAAGGACAAACUUUUUCUACAACAACGAUACAAUAAAUUCAGUAUAGUGCAUGAAAAAGUAAACAAAUACUAAAUAGGUUGCAUUCACACUCUGCAGCUCAAAGUCUUCUAGUUAUUAUUUUUGUCACAGAUCUGAUGUUUUCUAACAAUAAACUCUGCACUGAGCUGCUUUUUUUUCUCUUUAAAUCUUGACAUGUGCUUCGUACAAAGUCACAUUCUAAGUCGUGCCACCACCUCGUGACCUCGCGUUGAACACUCAAAUUCGAAUUUUUAAAGCCCUAUUUGCACUGGACGAUUGAGUUCCUCCAGAGAUUUGUUAUGGUACUACAGGCCAUCUGUGUUUUGAAUCCCCCCGUGCCAUGUCUGAAAUCUGUAAAAUACAAUUUCUGACACAAAAUUCUUACCAUAAACCACAAACACAGAAUUCUGCAUUUUUUCAUUUUCUUCAGUGUACACAAUUCUGAAAACUGCAAUGAAAAUUAUGUUGAGUAAUUAGGUUUUGAGUACAAAAUUAGGAGGCUGGUCCAGCUACUCAGCAGCAUACUCAGACAGUAUAUAAUCCUCUGAUUUGAGGAGGGAAAUUCUUAAUCACUCCAGGUAAUUAUAGUCCUGAUGAAGUGGGGUAUGCAAUAAUGAAAUUAAAAGAACAUUUACCCGCAAAUCACUCAUCUGAGAUAGUUGCAAUAAAUGUGGCCAUGAGCCAGUGUAUGGAUGUAACACUUGCCACAGCUCCACAUCGCUCAAUAUCGGCAUCAGACAUCCAAACAUCAGUUAUGAACAUUAACUUAUAAACAAAAUCUGUAAAUUGGCAGAAAACCCUGCAGCAAAAACAUAGCCUAAAGUUUACAAAAAUGAAUUCACUUUCUCUACUGUCUAACAACACGUCUUUAUAGUUAUACAAAGUAAAAAGAUGGAACUUCAUAAUGUGCUUUUUUAUCUAAAUUUCUUCUCAACAAACACACAUUACUGUAUAGUUCACCGCUGCACUGCGAGCCACUUGAAUGUCCAGUUAUGAACACAAACUCACCCACUGUAAACGACAACACCACAUACUGGAAAGACUGGAGGGACAUGUAGAAAUACUAGUGAGUGAGUGAGUGGCUGCAAAGGAGGACGUUUCUGAUGUUGGUUCAAAGGUACAGACAUUUUUUAAAAGAAACAACACGAGUCUGAGCACCACUUACUGCAACAAAAAGAGCUUUACAGAAGAUCACAUAAAGGCCUAAACAGCAUUUACUACUUUAGAUUUAGGACGACACAGAUACUGAAUGUAAUAUUUGACAACCAACUAUAUCUACACACAUGGAUUAUUACACAGUUAUAGCAUGUUAAAGCACCUUCAGAGUCAGGGGAAUUUUAGAGAGGGGCUUCCACAUCGGGCUUCAACAGGAAGUUCAAAUGCUUUUAUGGUUUACUGUAACCUGCUUAGAGUGCAAUCACGCCUACUGAAAAGUGGAGUUUGUACUAAUUUUUGUAAUUUGUUAGCAAGUUAAAGCUUGCAACAGUAAGUCAAAUUGUUAUUUAGCCAACAACAACCAGCUACAACCAACCAACUAUUCAACGACAAUUUAGCAAACCACAGUGACGAGUACAAACCAGCAGUCUUGCAACGUCUUUGCAAACCACAGCUUGAAACAAAAGUCACAUGAGUCACAUGGAGGUUGUUCAUUGGAUAAAGUUUUGGUACCCUGUCAUGCUGCAUGUUUAAAGAUUUUAGCAGUCAAGUGGGUCAAAACAGAUUUAAAGAAACAGAAGCUGUGUUCAAACUUUCUAUUUUUUAAAAUUUGUUUCUAGUCAUUUUAAGCCAUCAUUUGGUCACAUUUACUUGCAGUUUAACAUACCUUGAGGACUAAUCUAAAACAGUGAUUAAAAUGAGAGAAACUACGUUUGAAAGGAUACUCCAUCCAGAGCUGCGGGCAGUCCCUGGACUUGAUAGGUGCCUGUUGUAAUGUAGAGAAGGCCAAAAGGUUUGAUCUCUCAAUUUAAUAACAUAAACGUACCUGACCUUAUCUAAAUUGUCUGGAUGUGGCAAACUCCACCCACCUGGUGUUCCAAGCAGGUUAAAACAAGCACUCCAUCUUUGUUUGCAGCUCAGGUUGAAGCCCGGUGUGGAGGCAGCCACAGUCUGUGGAAUGAACAAGGUGAACCAAACACUUCUUCUUAUCUAGUUAUCUUAUUGUAUUACAGUUACUAUUACUUAUCUUCUGCUACUGAAGCCCAUUCAAUUAUAUAUUAUAAAAAUAAAUUAUCCUGCGAUGCAGACACAAAUUGUCACCACAUAUAGAUCAUAACACGAUGACAUGAUAACAUCAUGAUAUAUCCCUGUAGACAUUCAUUCAUUGUGCCUCUGAAGCAAGAAACAUCAUUCAGAAUGACUCCACAUCGUCAUUCUUUAUUUAGUGUUUCAGUGCCACUUCAUCUCAACAUACACAGGAUUUAUGAAUGUGAACUCUGUUUCCUUCUGUAGUGAUUUGUCUUUUUUGAAACUAGCACACAAUGCAGUCUUGCUUUUGUAAAAUGCUAUUUUGUAGCUUUGUGAUGCUUUUGGCUCAUUCCCAGAAUUCAGACUCAACAUGAUUUCAGCUGCACAGAAAUGUAAAAGUUGUAAUGUUUCACUUUACACUUGUUUGUUUAUUUAUUUUUUUUAUAUCAGCUUAAAGUUUAACUGUUGUAUCCAUUCACAGUGGAGUUUAACGUCUCAACGUCAAAGAACUCGCUCUCCAAAUUCAUUGAACAGCAAUGUUUUUGUUGCCUUGCACAUUGAGUUGCAUUUACAGAAAAAUGUUCUGUGAAUUACACUUACAUUGCUUCCAUUCAAAAUGUUAACUCUUAUUGCUUCCUUUCUAAAUUUACAGGCAUAUAUCCGUUUAAGAAUAUCACUGGAAUUAACAUUUUGUUUGUUAAAAAGUUGUCUUCCAAGACACAAAGAUACACUGGGGAAAAGCGAUGCUAGCAAACACAGUUGACCUUUGUCAUGAAAUUGAAAUAUUUUUCAGAAUAUUAUUUAUUUAAUAAUUUAAACAACAUAAACCCGAAGUUGUUCUUCUCAUGAAUAAAAAGAAUAAAAAAACAAAGUGUAAAGUUGCCAUUGAUGUUCAUUGAUUUGCAAAGAACAACCGCACAAUCAGGAUACGACACAUUGCGUCUCCGUUUUAACAAGUCACUUUGUGUCGAGCCACAAAAUUUCAUGUACUUUAUUUCCUUAAAAUCAAUAAACAAAAUCUGCCAGCUAUAUGAGAUUAUUUCACCUGUUUCCAAUACAAAUAAACAUGUUUCAUCAAUUUAAAAAAUGUUUCUUCAUAUGAGAUCAGUAAUCUGCCUCGUUAUUUCAAGACACUGAUGUGCUUUUUUUGUUGGUUUCCACAAAACAAGUGAAACUAAAUUUACAAAAAUCGCCUCAGUGGUACCUAACUGUGUUCUCGUUUUAAGACUAAAACGGUCUUGAAAACUGAAUAUGAGACUCGUUGGCUUGUUAAGACAAGUGUGGGAUGAGUGUGCACAAGCCUUUCCCUCAAUAUUUCAAAUGGAGUGCUAGCAUUACUUUUUACAGUGUAAUACUGAUUUCAUUUAAUUUCCUUUUUGUUUUUUACAUUUUGUGUCUUAUGGGGAAAUAUGCCUGGUGCUUAUACUGUACUAUUUUCUUUGAAGGCUUUGUGCUAUUUGUGGCAACAUGUUACUCCAAAUUUUAUUUUGAAAAUUUCCUCCAAUGACGUCUUUAUGUCAAGCCUCUCCACUACAGGCAGAAGGUAAACUGCUAAACUGAAAAAAGUUCAAACCAUGUGACCGAAAUUCACUUGUUUUAAGCAGAACUGUGAAACUUUCACUUGUGUCCAAUGCAAACAAGUUUGUUACAAGAAAAAAAGAUCAUUCCUUCCAUAGCUUUGUCUUAUUUUUCUGAAUCAGUUGUCUGUGACAGACUGUUAAGUGAGGAACAGUGUGAAACAGGAUGAAGAGUAACUCAAACGUCUCCAGUGGGAAAUGUCCACGUGAUAACUUUAAUGACACCAGUUCCAGCCAGCACUGAUGACUUUAGUUAGCCAUUUACAGGCGAUGUGAGUAAUCAAUACAGGAAAAAAGUGUUCAGGCUACAAACAGAGAAUACUGUUCAAACGUGAUUGACACUUCAGGCGUGCAUUCUUGUUUGACCUCCCCAGGCAUCAGUAAGUAGCGCAGCAUCGUCUUGUUUACUGGAAAGAGCACUUUAACUGUUAAUUUGACGAUCAGCAUUUUGCUGCUUUUAUUUUCACACGUCAGUGGUCUGCCAGUGUGACAGAAUCUGCUCUAACCAUUCAUGCACUGGUAAAUUCAAGAAUCUGGUUUUCCAUUUUAAAUAUCUUAAUAUGCCAUUUUAGCCUUUUAAUAUUCUUAGGUUUGAACUAUAUGUAAGAGGUGCUGUUUUAUUUAUUAUAAAUAGCGACAGAAAGAUUAUUUCUACUGGAUUAUUUUUGGGAUUGACAGACAAAAUUGUCCCCAGUGGUGUUUCCUCUUCGUCUUUGUGUAAUAUUCUCCCAUGAUUUGGUCAUUUUUUCAGUCUUGUCAUGGUUCCGGUACUAAACCUUUUCUUUAAUACUUAUUGUAAGGUACUGUACACUCCCUGAUUGGGCUGUAGAGCCCAAAAGAGCCCCUAAGCCCCAGUUUUUGGACACUACAUUAAAUCAGGGAGUGUAUCUUUAACCUCUGGUACCAGUACUUGUUGACUUGUAAAGAUAAUUUAAACAAAAUGACAAUAUUUUGUUAAUUGUGGUGGUGGUGUGGUGACUCACUCCAGGUGAAUGAACAGGGAGGAAACACGGAUUCAAAGUUGUAGCAGCCAUUCACACUUUUUAUCCUUCAGCUGUCGUGCAGGCGAUUCUCUUCUGAAUGUAGAAACAACACACAACUCGAAAAUACAGCAGUUGUUUAGUAAGCAGGGAAAAUAACUCACAAAAGGCUAAAUACACAUUUAUUUCACUUCUACACACAGUAUCACAUGUCGGUACUGUUUUUUAAAAUUCAUAUUUUGCUCGAUGGAUUCAAUCAAAAUCCGUCCUGUCUUUCAAAGCCAUAAUCCGGUCCUUACAUGAAGCAUGUACCUAAAACAAGCAUUUCCAACACAUUUCCACCCUCUUACACGUGUCAUUUAUUUUCUUUAUUUAUGUAUGUAUGUGCAUUGAUUCUGAAUGAAAAGGAGCACUUUACGGCAUCCGUGUAGAGGAGGGCAAUACUGCUUGCUGUGAUUAUUCUGUUAAGUAUGGUUGUACUCACUGUAACUGUAUACCAAGCAAUGCACUGAUCGACACGUUCUACAUAACCUGUAAUUUUACGGACAUUUUAAUUGCUACAAAUUAUUUGUGCCUUGGCCUUUUACAGUACAGUUCUUUUCAAUGUAAUUUUUUUUAUUUUGGUCAUGCUUUUCUCGCUAGGGCUGUCACAAUACAGCACAAAGCUGUUGGUAGGCCUAGUAGCUAUGUGGAAGGCUGCAUUUACACAGACAAAAAACCCAUCUGAAAUGUCUACGUUUUAUCAUACAGACAUGACUCAUCACGAGACAGAAAAAACACAUUUUCAAACAGUUUUUGGAAGGUGCGUUUUCUCUCUCUUUUUAUGGAGCUAGGCUAGCAGUUUCCCCUAGCUUCCAGUCUUUGUGCUAAGCUAGGCUAAACACGUCCUAGACCUAUCUCUGUACUGCACACACAGAGACGAAACUGGCGUCCAAAUUCUCAUCUGACUCUGGGUAAGAUGACAAAGCAUAAUAUUUCCAGAAAUGUUGGCAUGUAGCCUAUAUUAAAAAGAUCUUUGUCACAAAGUCCUCACUAAACAGGCUUUGGUUGUAACGCAAAGGCAGCAACUUGGCUGUAGGCAGAUAAUGCAGUCUAAGACAUCAGAUAUAAGGAAAAGCCUCAGUUAACCUGAACAAAAUGUUAGCUAGCUACUGUGACUAGUCAGCAGUCUUUUAGCAAAAACAACAUUGUUAGUCGAUUGUUAACAUGAAAAGGCUAGCUUCUAUAAGCUACAUUAGCAAGUGUUACAUUAUUAAAGACAAAUGUUUCAUCCCUGUCUAGACAAAAGGAGUUAGCCACAUGACAUGUGAGUAAGGUUAUUUUGUAGGGCGAUUUUUAGUCAUUUGCAUUAUCACAAAUGUCAGUGGGAUUUUGAAUGAGGCUUUCUUACUUCUGGAACAAAACCUGAAAGUUCCAGUUUCACUACGGCUCUCUAUACUGUAGGAAGCAACUUGAAAAUGUGCCAGAAAACUGUAAACUGAAGACAGCGUGUAGCCGUAAUUCAAACUAGCCAGAUACUAUGAUAGCUAACUAAAAAAAACCCUGCACAACAUCAAAAAUAGCAUACUUUUCUGCAUGGUAUCUGUUGAUUUUUGUUGACAGCUAAGUACAGUAGGACCUGUGGACUUCCUGUAUGGCCUCCUAGAGGACAGGAUUCCACAGCAAGAUGUGAGGGAAAAUAUGAGCCCGAUGUUCACAAUCAUAGCUGCUGUUCUUGUGUAAAUGCAGCCAUUACACUUUGAAAAACAAAAGAAAAUGUCUAUAAACGUAGAGCUCGGACAGCUUCGUGUGAGUUAACUGACAGCAGCUUUUGGGGGUCAGAAACCGUUUUGAUGUUCUUAGGUUUCAUUUAAGGGAAGUUUGGACAACUUUACACUAGUGGCCUUCAGAGCUGUGCAUCAUUUUUCUCAUUCCAGAAAAAGACUUGUCAUUUCUAUUCUGUAUUAGACCACUUUGAAUAUUUAGUUUUGAUGAUAUAAUAUGCAAAUGUAUUCUUACUUGAUUUUUUUAUUUUUUGUCUUUUCAAUUGCACCAGUUAUUAAUAAAGUAUUGAAUUGAAAA